AUGCUUCUCCUACAAUCACUUCUCCUUCUCACACCUCUCUGGAGUAUCUGUGCUCUAGCCACUGCCAUUCCACGUCCUGUUAGCGAUCUACUCUCCGAGCAAAAGGCCAUCGCUGCCGAACAAUCACAACUUUCUGCGCCCAGCUCAACCCUCGACAUCACCUCCGUGCCAUCCCAAUCACCUGAACCAGAGCACAAGAACCCCAUUCGCAAUGGCGAUCCCUACGGUCUCUCAGACUUUGGCAUCGACCCAGCGCACGUCACUUCCGAACAAAUGCAAGCCUUGCGAGAAGCUGGCAUGAUCCGAGAGCUCGAUGAUGAGGUGUCGAGCGCCGAGUGGUCGCUAUCCUACGUCAACUCUUGGCCUCUGCUCAAGCUGUGUCUUCUUGGCACGACCGCCAUCGCCGUCAUCAAAGCCAUCCUACACUUCAAACACCGAUGA